AUGUACGAGAGUACCCUUGCGAAUAGUAGCACUUUGGCCACCAUUGACAAGAUCAAUCAGAGUGGGCAAGCGAAUGACGCAUAUCCGGAAGGCGGCUCGGGCGAGAAAUUCGACACGAGCCAGCCACAGGCCGUCGCAAUGCCGGCCCUCCAACCAGCAGUAGAUGGUAAUCUACCGCCCCAACAAGUCUUUGUGAAAUCCCAUAUUGACCCUAUGGGAAGCCCGGAAAUGCUUGGCUUGGAAGGUCAGUUCCAGUCUAUCGGAUUCGCGCAAGAAGGAUUCGAUCACAAUUCCAGCGCGCACUACAAUGGUGGCGAUAGUAGUGGCAAUGCCAGCGCCGACAACGAUGAUGGCGAAGACGAUCCCAUGAAGCUUUUUGUUGGACAGGUUCCGAAGGCAAUGAGCGAGGAGGAUGUGUUUCCAACGUUUGAUUCGUUCGGUCCGCUCAAAGAUGUCGCUAUCAUUCGCGACAAGCACACUGGUUUGCACCGUGGGUGCGCGUUCGUCACCUACUGGUCGGCUGCCGACGCAGAACGCGCGCAAGAAGCGCUCCACGACACCUUUACCUUCCCCGGAGCGCGGAGAGCAGCACAAGUUAAACCUGCCGAACCAUCCGUCCCCGAGAACAAACUCUUUGUGGGAAUGCUUUCACGCAAGGCAACCGAAGUGGAAAUUCGCGAGCUAUUUGAACCGUUCGGUGAAAUUCGAGAAGUAUACAUGAUCCGCAAUGCUGACGGAUCUAGCAAGUGCGCAGCAUUUUUGAGAUACAUGAAACGAGGCGCGGCUGUUCAAGCCAUUGAAACUCUUAACAAUAUUUACAUGAUGGAAGGUGCAGCCAGGCCCCUCAUCGUUCGAUUUGCGGACAAUAAACAUCAGCGCCAUCAGCGCCAGAUACGAAACAUCAGAAGACAUGAAAUGAUUGCAGCAAUGGGUGGCGGCUAUGCAACAUACCCCCCACAUGUGCAGGUUCAGAUGGGAAUGCCCGGGCAUCCCGGUGCUAGUCCACAGUACACUGUACCCGUACCUCCUCAUUACGUUGAAGCUGCAUACGGGCCACCGAACGGUGCCCCAAUGCCAGGGCAUCCGUACAUGUACCCCCCUCAGCAAUACGCUCCUACACCAGCAUAUAUUUACCCAGAACACACGUCUGAAGAAACUAAACCGACCAAUAACCGUCCGCGUGAAGGCCCCGCUGGAGCGAAUUUAUUUGUAUAUCAUCUCCCUCAUGAUUUAACCGACGCCGAUCUAGCAACAGCCUUCAAUCCUUUCGGGAACGUUAUUAGCGCCAAGGUGUAUGUCGACAAAUAUUCAGGCGAAAGCAAGGGUUUCGGCUUUGUGUCGUAUGACUCAGUUAUUGCGGCAGAAGCAGCAAUCGAGCAGAUGAACGGAUUUCAGAUCGGCAACAAACGACUGAAGGUACAACAUAAGCGUGUUCACGGAAACCAUCCGAAUGCUCCGUCCUUAAGCGAUUCCCAAGACCCUCCCGAAGAUUUGCUUUAAACGACGCUUUCAACUUUUUCCCCAUGUUGAUAUAUCCUUCCAGCCCUUACCACUGAAACGAUCCAAACGAAACAACAACCC